GGAGAAGAUUAGUUUGAAGGGCGGUCCCGGGGAGAGAAAGGAAAGUAUAGAUAGAGCUGCCGCAGAGUUUCAGUAACGAGCGUCUUGCAGAAAUCUGCAAGCUACCGAAUUUGUUUUUGGGUUAAAUGACUUUAUAAAGACACGGUUUCUGUUACUUCUUAUUUAGAGGUGCCGUUUAUUUUGUCAGUUGCUCUUAUAAAGUGAGCCAGCGCGUUUAAGUUGGUGCGUUUCUUUUGAAUGAUUAUCCUGUGCAUGUUAUCAAUACGUUCAUGGCUUUGAUUGCGACUGACCAGAACGGAACCGCGGUGAUUUACGGGAGAGUUGGGUCAAGAAAAGAGGUGAUUCAAGUCCCCGUGGACGGCUUUAAAACGAACAAAAUGCAACCCAGGGAGACGGAAUAUAGCACAGAUGGGUUACCAAAAGCCUUUCUGCACAGCUUGAGGACUCUGUUUGACAUUUUGGACGACGAGAGACGGGGGUAUGUCCACAUAUCGGAGAUAGAGAGCCGUUGGCGGGGCGCAGAAACCAGGGAGUUGCCCGGCGGCGUGCUCAGCUCCCUCCGGAGAGUCACCCCUCCUCAUGGCUGCCUCACGUUUGAGCGGUUCGUGGCCGGGCUGCGGUACUCCAUGCUGAACCCGGAGAAUAGCUCCCACUUCAAGUCCCAGGCAGCUGUGCACCCGCAGCAAGGUCCGAGGCAUCCCCAGAAAUCCGCUCCGCCGUCCACAUGCAAUGUCGGACCUCGGGUGGAGAACAGAGUCCGUCCGCUGGGCAACGUGACAAACACCCAGCAGCACCGGGCGUCCUCCCUGCAGAGCCGGGUCCACCCGGAGGAAGGGGCAGGGUUUUCCGCUUGUGGACAAGCACGGUACGGCGCAGGCUUCCAGAGGUCCGGGCGGAGUUUGGAACGGAUUCCCGUCGCUCCGGAGGAUGGGUGUUACCCCGCCGACCCGGGCCAUGCUACCAAACCAACCCAGCCGCAGCAGAGCAGAAUCAGGAACAUCGAGUCGCUUGCGUUGGAAUCUCCGCAGCUUCAUGAAGCAUGUGUGAUGAAAUCAGGUUUGCCAAGAUCGCAGAGUGAAUCAGCUACAGGAUUAACUGGUGGUUCCAGGCGACAUGGGCGGAGUCGGGAAGAGCAUAGGAGGCAUACCAUCUCCAAUGGAGUGGAUUAUGGAAUGCUGAAGCAAAUGAAGGAGCUGGAGCAGGAAAAGGAUUCGCUGCUGUCAGGCCUGGAAGUUGUAGAACGUGCCCGAGAGUGGUACCAGGGCCAGAUCCACAAUGUCACAGAGAGACAACGACAAGUUGGACAAAGCUCUCACUGCGCGGAGUUCUUUGCAGAUGCCAGUCCAAGCCGCAUGAAUGUUCUCAUUCCCAAACUGCAAGAAGUCAAUCGCUGUCUUAAUGACCUGAUUUCCUGCACUGGAAUGCCAUCAUUUCCCAGUGGUGGUGCUCAGACAGCAGCGGUCUCCACUAACUCCCAGCCUCCGGCCCCGGCUCCUCCACAAGCCAUUCGGAGAUUAAAGGACCAGAACAGACUUCUGACUCAGGAGGUGACAGAGAAGAGUGAGCGGAUUGCUCAGCUCGAGCAGGAGAAGUCGGCACUGAUAAAGCAGCUUUUUGAAGCUCGAGCUCGCAGCACGCAGGACACCAGCACCAUGGAUUCCACCUUUAUCUGAUUAGCUUUAUGCCACCAAAACAAUCAUCAGAGACGGUCCAUCGCGUGGUUCGGUCAGCAUAUCUGUGCUGGUCUGAAGGAGAGCUGAGAGAUUUGUGUUUACCUGACUGAACAUUAAUGGCAGUAAUGCGCCUUUUUAGGUACAGCGCACAAAACAUCCUCAACCACAAUGUGAGACCAAUCUACUAGAAAUCAAAGCGAACACUAGCUGGUGUGAACACUCCAGACCUGGGUGGUCUGAGAGAAAACUCCUUUUUAAGCUAUAAAACAGAGCACUCUUGAAACCAGACAAGUCUCAUGAUCCCAGUCACUCCAUUUCUUCGAAGAGCUGCAUCUGGAAGAUCAACACUCCCUCUCCUUAAAGAUUUGUUUGUGUUUCUGCUGCUUGGCUGCAUAAGAACCAGAGCACAAACUUCAGUUUGAGCAAAGCUCCAUUAAAAAGGCACAGAAGGUUGUUUGGACAGUGGGGAUGUUGUUUUUGGGGGGGAGGUUCUGUUGGAAUAAAAUGCCAUACUACAGCUAAUGAUAUCAGCUGCACCCAGUUGCUGUGACCUAUCAGUUACUCCUUUUUUAGUUUCACAAUAUACACACAAUCGAUAUAGGAGAGAAAUGUUCCUUCACUUUUAGUAUUUCCUUCCUUUUGUUGUCAAAUUAUAUUUUUAUCUGGUCUUUGCAGUGCUUUUUUUUUUCCAAACACAAAAACUAACUAGUAAACAAAAUAUAUAUUUUAUAUUAGGAUGUUACAUGUCGAGACUUUUUUGUAUUUUGAGUCCUCUUCACACAUGAAGCGUCAGUUUAAAGAAAGUCAUGGCAGCCCUUUUGAACGUUUGUGGCACCCCCCCCAAAGAAAUGCACCUGUUGUAAUCCGGAACGCUCCAAAAUAACUCCUCGAUGGAGCAAAGAGGAAACGGGCUGUGGAAAACUCAUACUUUCCUGAAUGAUUGGGAUUAAUAAAACGAUUAGUACUUCAUAAAUGCACAAAAUCAGUAAGAUGAGAAACAUAUAGAGCUGCACACUACAGCAGGACGCCAUGAAGUUAAACAAGAUUAGAUUACAUUAAGAAAUUAAUCAGGUGUGUUUAGCUCGCUGAUAUCAACUCUGAUGACAAGUUCACCUCAAGGAUGGAUUAGUUGACCAAUCAGAUGCAAACUUAGAGAAACAGUUGCUGCUAGCUUACAUGCACAGUCAGUAAUGAGUGAAGGUUAGCCUUCCGAUCUCUCUUAAUAGAUAUUUUAUUUGUGCAUCAAAGAGAUUGUUGUAAGGUCCACAAAUAUAGCGAAAGCAAGAACAAUAUAUAAAUUAAUCCAUAUUAUAUCAUAAAUUAUGUGGUUUCCAUAUCUGGUUAUUACCAUGUAAUCUUACCUAUAAAAUUAUUUUCUAUAUUAAACAAAAUAAUAUUGUGAGCUUUGAUAAAACUGUUUGCUCUGUCUCAUGUAAGAAACUUUUAUAUGUUGUUGUUGACCUUCAGAUAAAUCGGACAAUAAUAAUCUAGCCAGGGCGUAAACUCCUCGUGUUUUUAAAUACUGGGAUGGCAUUUGUGCAGAAAACAGUUUGCUUUGACUAAAUCUGCAGCCUGACCAGGCCAUUCGAAAUGACCUUGAAAAAGACAAUUCUGUAUGUUACAUUUCACAUCCAAUGUGUCCUUCACUAGUUAAUUAUCUGGACAUUUUCUCCCCUGGUGCCUCAUGAGAUUAGUAAUACUUUAUUGCCACUUCGUUUGAAGGGCAGCUAUAAGCUGUUCCAUAUUACCUUUCUUGGAAAGGAUAACUUUAGUAAUAAACCUUCAGUGGUGUUGAGCAUGUGUGGAAAUGAGUCAAAGCCAGCCAACAAACCCUUGGCAUGUUUAACACAAGAAGAUUAGGAGAAAUCUGGACGUUUGCACGUGGAAGAAAGCCGUGAGAAUGAGUCUGAUAGAUGGUAAAUAUGUUGCAACUAGAUUCUGAUGUUAUGUCAAAAAUAAAAAUAGUUUAAAAAAAAUACUAUUUUACCACUAAAAAUCAUCGGCAUGUUAUUACAGUGGAAUUUCUUUGCUUGGCUCCACUGAGAGAUUUAACUUUAAAUUGUGGAGAUUAAAAGUUAGCACAGAUAUGGAAACCAGUAUUGUCUUUGUAUGAAUUCCCAUUUUCCAGAAUCUUCCUGGAAAUGGAUGCUUAUAGAUGUUUGAAAACACAAAACCAUCAACAGGAGAAUUUGGUUGAUGGGUGGCGGUAGAGCGAAGGUAGUUUUUUUUUUAUGGUACUGCUGGGAUGUCUGCACCAAUCUAUUUGCCACUUGUUUAGAGUUUUUGCUGCUCAGCCUGUGAUAUGUGUGAAUCUCUUUUCUUUCCACUGAGGGUACCAAACUCCAGAGGAGGUGAUAUAAAAAUAAAAUGCUUUCUAACGGCA